AUGAGAUCCUCGCUGCUACCGAUUCUCGUGGUUGUCCUCGCGAUCGUCUGCAGUUGCGGGCGAUCCAAGGCCCAAAUAAUUGACGCGGCGUGGAAGGGUUUCUCGGUCUCGUGCCCAAGUGAGGAGGACAGGGUUGCAAACGCCUCGGUGGCCUGUCAGGGGGUCAGACUCGUGAGGAAAAUUGUGCAGAAGAUGCUCGAGGACGUGAGGAGGAACAGGAGCCUCGAGAUCCUGGACGGGGUCAGUUUGGUUGAGACUGGCGGGGAUGGAGGGUCGUCCUCCAGAAGCGCAAGGGUACUCAAGGACUUUGGGCAGAUUGGGUCGGUUUUGGGCUUUCUGGAGAACCGAGAGCUCAGGAUUAAGCUGAGCAGCUUGAUGCCGGACAAUUUGGAGGCGGCCGUCAACGCUAGCCUUGUGUUAGCUGAUCAAGGCCGUGGGAACAAAGGUGGUGGUGGUAAAAAAGGCGACAACGGAAUGAUGAUGCUGGUGUUGAUGAUGGGCAAAAUGAUGGCUGCCAUGGGUUUUGGCGCACUUGGUCUGAUGGCGAUGAAAGCCUUGCUCUUAUCGUCGAUAGCACUGAUGCUGUCGUUGAUAGUGGCCGCGAAAAAACUGGUCAGCAAAGACGAGGAGAGCCACCACGUCGUUUACGCUCAAGAACAUCAUCGGAGGAGAAGAAGUUUGCCGUUGUCGCAAGAUGACUUGAAAAACGAGCCUUACCGGGGAUACCUGUCCUCUGCUCGGAUGUCAAAAUUAUUGUAG